GGUAACACGUUGGAUGGUUCGUGGGAUCACGAGUUGCGCACGGUUCUGCAGCUGCGGCACCCGAACCUGGUGCUGGUGCUGGGCUACGUUAACGAGGUAGUAGAGGAGCGUGGCGGGGCGGUGCGGCUGGUGGAGCCGAUGGCGCUGAUAAGCGAGUACUGCAACGGCGGGACAUUGUUUCGCGCGUUACAUCGCGACACUUACCGCCUCACAUGGCGCCAGCGACUGAAGAUUCUUUAUGACGUAGCCGUGGCCUGCCGUUACUUGCACUCUGCCGGACUCAUCCACCGCGACUUGAAGAGUCUAAAUAUCCUACUCGACCGGAAAGUCAAGAACGUCACCGACAUCCCCAAGGCCAAAAUCACCGACUUCGGCAUGUGCGUACCCAACCCCACAGGCCGGGCCGGCACCUAUCAGUGGAUGGCCCCCGAAGUCUACCUCAUGCUGCCCUCACAAGGGGCUAAACAAGACGUCUACUCCUUUGGUGUUCUCAUCUACGAAUGUGUCGCCAACUGCAUUCCCUACUCCAAUCUACAGACUGCAAACCAUAAUAUCGCCCAUCUCGCCGCUACCAAAGGCAUACGACCAGACCCUAGAUCCCUCCCCAACGAUAUGCCUUCGCAACUCCAGUAUGUACAACACAAUUGCACACGGGAAACCAAAUCGAAGACACACUCUCUUCGUUUCAGGAACUUGAUGGUCCAGUGCUGGCUACACGAGCCGGAGAAAAGACCUAACUUCUCUGAGAUAAGCGACACCCUAGGCAGUUUAUAUAAACAAUCCUGCGGCAACUCAUCGCAACAAUGA